UCGCCCCCUCGUUUCUCUGCAGUCCGCCAGUCCCCACCGAGCUAGGGCUCAUCCACCCCCGUCACCGGCGCCGCUUCCUCCGUCCUCUCGCACCCGCCGGCGCCUCCUCCGUUCUCACGCACCACCCGGCGCCGCAUCCUCCGUCCUCCUCCCGCACCCGCCGCCUCCUUUCUCCCCCUGCCGCCUCCCUCCUCCUGCCGCGAAGCAGCCCGCCUCAUCCCGGUGCCGGAAGCAGUCCGCCGCCGGCUUGGGCGGCCUCCUCUCGCCGCAGGUGCCCCGAUCUGGAAUAGCCCGUGGCCCCACGGCCGGAAGAACCCCGCGCCACCUCCUCCCGUCGCCGGCACUCCAGCAGCCCGAGACCCCGCACCCCGUGAACCUUAACAUGGCAGAUAAGCUUGGACCCGAGAAGCGACACGCCUUUGUCCACAACGGCCAGAAGGUAUUUGAGUGGGACCAAACACUAGAGGAGGUGAACAUGUACAUUGAGCUCCCUAAGGGUGUACCGACCAAGCUCUUUCAAUGCACCAUCCAGGCCACACACGUUUCGCUUGGCAUCCGCGGCAAUCCACCCUACCUCAAUCAUGACCUGACACACCCUGUGAAGACUGAUUCAUCGUUCUGGACAAUAGAGGAUGGUGAAAUGCACAUCACACUGCAAAAAAGAGAGAAGGGGAAAACAUGGUCAUCCCCAAUACAAGGCCAAGGUAGCUUGGAUCCAUAUGCUGCAGACCAAGAACAAAAACGGCUCAUGCUGCAAAGGUUUCAAGAAGAGAACCCAGGAUUUGACUUCUCUCAGGCUCAGUUCACUGGCACCUGCCCUGACCCAAGAACCUUCAUGGGUGGAAUUCGCUCUGAGUGAAGCUUGUCCCAGCUUCAUGUAUCUGGCUGAAUGUUGUUGCUAUCCUCAAAGUGGCUUGUCAAAUAAUGAAACGCGGUGGAUGUACAUAUUUGACAUCUGUAAAUUCUGAAAUUGCCAGUUUCCUA